AUGCUGCUGCUGGGCGCCCUGCUGCUGGCCCUGGCGCUGCUGUCUGCGCGGAGGCUGGCGCGCUGGCGCGCCGGCCCGGGGCUCAAGCAGCCCCGGAGCCUGCCGGCCCUGCCGCUCCUGGGGAGCCUGCUGCAGCUGGCCGGCCACCCCCAGCUCCACCUGCACCUCUGGCGCCUGCAGGGCCGCUACGGCAGCCUCUACGCCCUCUGGAUGGGCUCCCACUACGUCGUCGUGGUCAACAGCUACCGCCACGCCAAGGAGGUGCUGCUCAAGAAGGGCAAGGCCUUCGCCGGACGACCCCGCACCGUGACCACGGACCUGCUGUCGCGGGGAGGCAAGGACAUCGCCUUCGCCAGCUACAGCCCCCUGUGGAAGUUCCAGCGCAAGCUGGUGCACGCGGCCCUCUCCAUGUUCGGGGAGGGCUCGCUCGCCCUCGAGAAGAUCAUCUGCCGGGAGGCGGCAUCCCUGUGUGAAACGCUCAGCACUGCCCAGGAUAUGGCCCUGGAUGUGGCCCCAGAGCUCACACGAGCUGUCACCAAUGUGGUCUGUUCGCUCUGCUUCAACUCUUCAUACCAGCGUGGAGACCCUGAGUUUGAGGCCAUGCUGGAGUACAGCCAGGGCAUUGUGGACACUGUGGCCAAGGAGAGUUUGGUGGACAUCUUCCCUUGGCUCCAGAUCUUCCCCAACAAGGACUUGGCCUUGCUGAAGAGAUGCAUCAAGGUCAGGGACCAGCUGCUCCAGAAGAAGUUUGCUGAACACAAGGAAGCCUUUUGUGGUGACACCGUGAGGGACCUCAUGGACGCCCUCCUGCAAGUGAGACUCAGCGCUGAGAACAGCAGCCCCCCAGCGCUGGGGCUGUCGCUGACAGAUGACCAUCUGCUCAUGACAGUGGGGGAUAUCUUCGGGGCAGGCGUGGAGACCACCACGACCGUACUCAAGUGGGCUGUGCUCUACUUGCUCCACUACCCUGAGGUCCAGAGGAAAAUCCAGGAGGAGAUGGACCAGAAAAUUGGCCUGGCACGUCACCCCCACCUCAGCGACCGCCCACUGCUGCCCUACCUGGAGGCCACCAUCAGUGAAGUGCUGCGCAUCCGGCCCGUGUCCCCUCUGCUCAUCCCGCACGUGUCCCUUGCUGACACCAGCAUCGGGGAAUACUCCAUCCCCAAGGGCGCCAGGGUCGUCAUCAACCUCUGGUCCGUGCACCACGACGAGAAGGAGUGGGACAAGCCUGAGGAAUUCAACCCUGGCCGCUUCCUGGACAAGCAGGGCCAGCACAUCCAUUCGCCCUCACCCAGCUACCUGCCCUUUGGGGCCGGGAUCCGCGUGUGCCUGGGCGAAGUCCUGGCCAAGAUGGAGCUCUUCCUCUUCCUGGCGUGGGUGCUGCAGAGGUUCACGCUGGAGUGCCCCCAGGGCCAGCCCCUGCCCUCGCUGGAGGGCAAGUUUGGCGUCGUGCUGCAGGUGCAGAAGUUUCGGGUGAAGGCCAGGCUGCGGGAGGCCUGGCGGGCGGCCUCGUGACGAGGCCGAGCCCCAGAUCCGGGCUGGCAGGUGGGAUGGGACAGGAGGGGCUGGGUGGGCACUGUGGGACCGCAGAAGCCACGCGCUGCCUGUCCCGCACGUGCG